AGCCGCUACUCCCCGAUGUUGUGGCUCCGUGUGCGCAUGCGCGUCACAUUGGAAUUACAGCACUGAGCAGAAGAAGUUGGGUCUGCUCUGUCUUCACAGCAUAAAAUCAUAAAAUCAUAUCUGAACUAUGGCCAUCAUUAGAAUCCGCCGGAGAAGCUAUUUUGGGAUCUGGACUUUUCCUUUGAUAGUGGCUGUUGUCUGUGCACAAAGUGUCAAUGACCCGAGCAAUAUGUCACUGGUAAAAGAAACUGUGGAUAGACUGUUGAAAGGAUACGACAUUCGCUUGAGGCCAGAUUUUGGAGGUGCACCAGUAGCUGUGGGGAUGAAUAUAGAUAUCGCAAGCAUAGAUAUGGUCUCUGAAGUCAAUAUGGAUUAUACUCUGACUAUGUACUUUCAGCAAGCCUGGAGAGACAAGAGGUUGUCCUAUUCAGAGAUUCCACUCAAUCUUACUCUGGAUAACCGGGUUGCAGACCAGCUUUGGGUGCCGGACACAUAUUUCCUGAAUGACAAGAAGUCAUUUGUACACGGAGUAACAGUCAAAAACAGAAUGAUUCGCCUUCAUCCAGAUGGAACAGUGCUCUAUGGUUUAAGGAUCACCACCACAGCAGCCUGUAUGAUGGACCUACGGCGGUAUCCGCUGGAUGAGCAGAACUGCACCUUGGAGAUCGAGAGCUACGGCUACACGACGGACGACAUCGAGUUCUACUGGAGAGGCGGAGACGGAGCCGUGACAGGAGUGGAGAGGAUCGAGCUGCCUCAGUUCUCCAUCGUGGAUUACAAGCUCAUCUCCAAGAACGUGGUCUUUUCAACAGGAUCCUACCCCCGGCUCUCCCUCAGCUUCAAGCUGAAGAGGAACAUCGGCUACUUUAUCCUGCAGACAUACAUGCCCUCCAUCCUGAUCACCAUCCUCUCCUGGGUCUCCUUCUGGAUCAACUAUGAUGCUUCUGCUGCCCGGGUGGCAUUAGGAAUCACCACGGUGCUCACCAUGACGACCAUCAACACCCACCUGCGGGAGACGCUACCCAAGAUCCCCUACGUCAAGGCCAUCGACAUGUACCUGAUGGGCUGCUUCGUCUUCGUCUUCCUCGCCCUGCUGGAGUACGCCUUCGUCAACUACAUCUUCUUUGGCCGAGGGCCUCAGCGACAGAAGAAGGCAGCUGAGAAGGCGGCCACCGCUAAUAACGAGAGAACAAGGAUGGAUGCCAACAAGUGGUUGGUGGGAAAUGUAGUUCAGAGAGAUGAUACUCUCUAUGCCAGAAUGAAACAGAGGGAUAUUGACGCACAUGACUCAAUGUGGCAGCCCAUCUUUGUGGAGGAUGCAGCAUUAGGACUAGGCGAGCAAAAGAAUAAGAUGGACCCUCACGAAAACAUCUUGCUGAGCACACUGGAGAUCAAAAACGAGGUGGGGUCAUCGGAGAUGACUCUCGGCCUGGGGGACCCUCGGAAUGCCAUGCUGGCCUACGAUGCUGGUUCCACGCUACAGUAUCGCAAGGCGGGCUUGCCCCGGCAAAACUUUGGCCGCAAUGCGCUUGAGCGGCAUGCGCCCCAGAAGAAAGGUCGGCUACGGAGACGUGCCUCCCAGCUGAAAGUCACCAUCCCGGAUCUGUCUGACGUAAACUCUAUUGACAAGUGGUCAAGAAUGAUUUUCCCCACGGUUUUCUCGUUCUUCAACAUAGUCUAUUGGCUCUACUAUGUGAAUUAAGAAGAUCGUUGGUGGGUUUAUGACACGAGCAAGACUUUGAAUCACUUCAUCCAGACGUAAAUCAGGAUUGACUCUAUCUGACCUUGGGAAACCUUAAUUGCUGGCUUGUCCAUAAAUGUCGUAGACGCGGAGAUUAAAGACAGAAUGGAUCCCUGGUGCCAAAAGUUGCGCACAUCAUGUCUGUAGUGAAUCGAAUACUUAGAAUCGUGUUUGCUUACACUUGAACAUUAUGGUUGGAUCUAUCUUUAUCUUGUCCGAGUAACAUUAAAUUGUUACAGUGUAUUUUUAGACAUCAGACGUCUUCUUCAGAAUCAGCAGGGUGUCUGAGAGCUCACUCUAAUCUGUGUUAAUUUGAGGUUAUAUAAAGCAGUGGCAGUCAUUUUGAGUUUUGUAGAAUUAUUUAUGCAUAACACCUACAGUUAUAUAACCUACAGUAAAUAUAUAUUUUUGUUGUGGAUACCAGUAUUUGGUUGAGAUAUCAGAUUAUUUUGAUGUAUUUGUAUCUGUAUUUCGUUUUUCAUGUGUAAUUUCUUUUUUCAAACCCCUGUCAGAGAAAGUCAGAAGAUAAAUGAAAAGCCUUUCUUGAAGUCCUCUUUAAGUCUUACCUCUAAAGUGAAACCGUAAAGUUUACAAAACUGCAUUGGAUGAACAAUAUGGAAGUGAUUGCAAGUACUCUGCAAAUAUGUCUGCAAAGGAGAAAAGCCAGCAACCGUCAUGAGAUUAGCAUUUUGGAAAUGAUUACUGUGUUAAAUAUGACUUUCACGAGAAAGAGGGUCGCCAUUCGUCUUAUUUUCCUAUGAUGAGGUUGGAAGCCAGCAGUUAAGGCUGCUAAGUGUAAAAGGCCGUUAAGUCUCCCACGUUUGCAACAUUAACUUUCACAAUGACCUGUAAAUACAUUUUGUUUUUGAACAACAGUUAAAAUCCGAAUGAGGAUUCAUUCAGCGUAUUCUGUGUUUGCGCCGGGAAUUUUGUGCUGGUAUUCCACAGUCCCGAGAACAGGUGUGGAGUCAUUAACAAAUCACUUCUUGGAAAGUAAUUAGAGCUUGGAUGGAAAGUCCUGUUACUUGUGUGAAUAAUAGCCCUGUACAUUCAUUGCUGACAGUUCUGGAAUAUUUUCAAAUGGUUUUGAGCCUUUUAAUAGGCAACUUAUUUUGCAUGGAUUAAAUGAUGUACAUAUUACAA